CGAACUCCCAAGUUGACGUAGUCAUCACCACAAAAUAUAAGUAUCGUUCUUGUGCUUCAUCUUAGAUCCAUAAUUGAGGGAAAGCAUCGCAGUCAUCCUCGCUAAUUUCGUUGCUGACUUCCUCACUACCUCCAAUCUACAAGUGUCUUUUCUAUAAUGUGUUUAGGAGCUAGAGAGACUAAUAAUUUCACAUCACCAGAUGAAGUAAACACCCCGAAUGACUUAACUUAUGACCCGAAAUUGGAAACGGAAGACGAAAUAUGGAAAAUUUUGAAGAGCUCAAAAGAGCAGUGGAGAUUGUAGAAAUUGUCGAUGCUCAUGCCCACAACAUUGUGGCGCUCGACUCCACUGUCCCUUUCCUCAGCUGCUUCUCUGAAAUCAUAGGCGACACUUUAUCUGAUUCACUUCAACCCAUCGACUUCAAGAGAGGCCUAAAUGAAAUUUGUGAACUGUAUGGCUCAAGCUUACCCUUGGAUGCUGUUGAAGAAUCUCGUCGACGCUUUGGGUUGGAGGCGAGUGCUUCUAUUUGCUUCAAAGCUAUCUUACUUAUUGACGACGGAAUUAAGUUGAACAAAAAGCUUGACAUCAAAUGGCAUGAAACUCUGGUACCAACAGUUGGUAGAAUACUACAAGUUGAGCAUGUAGCUGAAAAGAUUCUUGAGAAGGGUCCAAAUGGAACGUUGUGGACACUGGGUUCAUUCAUGGAGGCUUUCACUAAGGAAUUGAAGUCAGAAGCUGAGAAAGUUGUUACCUUUAAAAGUAUUGUUGCACAUCAUAGUGGACUUUCAGUUAAUACUGAAGUCACUCAAAAGGAGGCUGAGGAGAGCCUGAACGACGUUUUAUGUGCUACGAAGCCAGUCAGAAUCUCAAACAAGAGCUUUGUUGAUUAUAUCUUCAUGCAUGCUUUGGAGGUGGCUCAAAAUUUUGACUUGCCAAUGCAGAUAGACACAGGACAACAGCAAUUUGGUUUUUUAAGUACCCUCCUAGUCCCUCAAGAGUACAUGGUUUUAUCUUUUUCAUUACAGUCUGGGGACAAGGAUUUGGAUCUGAGGCCAGCCAAUCCCCUUAAUAUUCGCAAUCUUCUCGAGGAUAAGAGAUUCACUAAGAAUCGAUUAGUGCUUUUACAUGCAUCAUUCCCCUUCAUAAAGGAUAUUGGACUUUCAGCUUCAACAAUCGCUUCGAGUUUUGGGAAGGCCAUUUCAGAAAACAAGGAGCUUGAAGAUUAUAAGCCUGAAGAUAUCUCUCUAUCCCUUCUGCGAAUGAUUUCAUACAAUAUUGGUCAGAUAGCUUAUCUUAAUGCACUGCGUUUUGGACUCAAAAGGAUAUUCUUUGGAGGAUUUUUCAUACGAGGUCACGCUUACACUAUGGACACAAUCUCUUUUGCUGUUCAGUUCUGGUCCAAGGGAGACGCACAAGCUAUGUUUUUGCGACAUGAAGGUUUCUUGGGAGCUCUGGGUGCAUUUAUGAGCUACGAAAAGCAUGGUUUAGAUGACCUGAUGGUCCAUCAGUUAGUGGAAAGAUUCCCGAUGGGUGCACCAUACAUUGGAGGGAAUGUUCAUGGCCCACCGCUGGGAGAUUUGAAUGAGAAGAUAUCGUGGAUGGAGAAAUUUGUACGAAAGGGAACUGAAAUUACUGCUCCUGUUCCAAUGGCUCCACCAGCUACUACCGGCCUUGGAGGCUUUGAAGUUCCAUCAUCUAAAGGAGUUCUUCGACCUGAUGCGAGCAAAUUAAAUGUUGGGGUACUGCAUCUGGUCCCAUCUUUGGAGGUUUUCCCACUUUUAGCAGAUCCAAGAACAUACGAGCCAAAUACCAUAGACCUCUCAGAUCACGGUGAACUAGAGUACUGGUUCACUGUAUUAUCUGAGCAUUUGUCGGACCUUGUUGACAAGGCAGUAGCUAGUGAGGGUGGAACUGACGAUGCAAAAAGAAGGGGUGAUGCAUUUGCUCGGGCAUUUUCAGCACACUUGGCUAGAUUGAUGGAGGAACCUGCAGCUUAUGGAAAGCUAGGACUCGCCAACCUUUUGGAGCUAAGAGAAGAAUGCUUGAGAGAGUUUCACUUUUUUGAUGCAUACCGAACCAUUAAACAAAGGGAGAAUGAAGCUUCACUUGCAGUUUUACCUGAUCUUCUGCUGGAGCUUGACAGCAUGACUGAGGAUAUGAGACUACUUACACUAAUCGAAGGUGUUCUUGCUGCGAAUAUCUUUGAUUGGGGAUCACGUGCCUGUGUUGAUCUCUAUCACAAAGGAACAAUUAUUGAGAUCUACAGAAUGAGUCGCAAGAAGAUGCAAAGACCAUGGCGGGUGGAUGAUUUUGAUGCUUUUAAAGUGAGAAUGUUAGGGUCUGGAGAGAGAAAGCCUCAGCCACAUAAAAGAGCGCUGCUUUUUGUUGACAACUCGGGUGCGGAUAUUGUUUUAGGGAUGCUUCCUCUUGCAAGGGAACUUCUCCGGCGUGGGACUGAAGUUGUGCUGGUAGCGAACUCACUUCCUGCACUAAAUGAUGUUACUGCAAUGGAGUUGCCCGAUAUUGUUGCUGAGGCUGCUAAGCACUGCGAUAUUCUUCGAGGGGCAGCUGAAGCAGGAGGCUUACUUGUGGAUGCAAUGAGUAACAUCCAAGACGGCUAUAAGGAAGAUACGCCCUCUGUUCCUCUGAUGGUUGUGGAGAAUGGAUGUGGCAGUCCAUGCAUAGACUUGAGGCAAGUGAGCUCAGAGUUAGCAGCUGCAGCCAAAGAUGCGGAUCUGGUAAUUCUGGAAGGGAUGGGCCGAUCUUUGCAUACCAACUAUAAUGCAAAGUUCAAAUGUGAUGCUCUAAAGCUUGCUAUGGUGAAGAAUCAGCGGUUGGCACAAAAGUUGGUUAAAGGGAAUAUUUAUGAUUGUGUAUGUAGAUAUGAACCAGCUAGUUAAAUCCUUCCCUUUUCAUGUAGUUCUAUUAAUUUCUGCGCACAGAACAGUCACCCCAUACUACGGUUUGAGGUUGAUUAUAAGCGGGCGCCUCGGCAACGAUGAUCAGUGGUCCCAUUUUCUGAGAUGCUAACGAGCAUCAUUAUAGAUAUAAACUUUCAGAAAUUGCAUUCUCAUGUUUAGCCAACUGCUUAAGAAUUCGUUUCUGGAUAGGUUUUGUUAAGCUUAAUGCAUUAAUCGUUUUAUUGUACAUUGUGUUACUAAAUCCAAUGGAAGUCGUAAGAUAUUCUUUUCA